ACAAUGUCGGACUUGGAGAUUGAACAGCAACCGGAUCCGGCACACUUGGCUGUGGUGAUGACGCCCCGACGACGCCGUCACAGUGGACGACGUGGUAUCGCGUCCACAUCCCAAGAUGCCAAGGUGUCAAAGACACCGACAUCAGCAUCGCCCUCGCGGAACUGUCCGCUGGCUCAUGGCACCAAGGACAAUUGGACCUGGAGUAAUCGCAAUCGCUCCAACGAAGUGGUGCUGAGUGGCCCCAACUUUCGCACCGUUCACUUCCAUCCCAACUGGAGCAAGGGCACCGCCGGAGUCCAGGGCAAGCGGCCCCUCAACAACGGCCGCUACUACUGGGAGUUGCAUGUGUCGCAGCGGGUCUUCGGGACCUCUAUAAUGUUUGGUAUUGGCACCCGGUCGGCUCGGCUACACGCCAAUGCCUUCCGCAAUAUGCUGGGCGAGAACGAGCACGGAUGGGGGCUCUCCCACAAGGGCGUGCUCUGGCACAACGGCGUUGCCCUGCUGUAUACGAAACGCUUCCGCGAGAAUCAUUCCACGCAGAUUGGGGUGCUUUUUGAUGGUAUUGAGGGCACGCUGACCUACUAUAAGGAUGGAAAGUGUCUGGGCGUGGCCUUUAGGGGAUUGGAUAAGAUUGAGGAACCCCUCUAUCCCAUCGUAUGCUCGACUGCCGCCAAAACGGAGAUGACUCUGAAGAGUGCUCGGCGUGAGUUUGUCAAUCUCCAGGAUCGCUGUCGGGCCGUGAUUAUGCGGCGAGUCCGCAGCUGCUCUCAGCUGGAAAAGCUCAAGCUUCCGCUGCCCAUUCGUGCCUACUUGAGUGAAGUCAUCGAUGACAAAGAGCCGCUGCGUCAGGUCGACAACUACGAUAUACUAUGUGAUUUCUAGAGUUUGGAACGUCCGCAUCGCUUCUCCCAAAUAACGACCGAUCCGACGCGGACUAUAUCGUAACCGUUGGAUUAUCGUGAGUGACGGAAGUGAACAGUCCCAGCCCAUACCCAAUAAUUUCUAAGCUGCGACCCGUGAAACUGUUGUUGUGCCAUCAAGUGGAUCAGAAAAGAAACAAGAAGGAAAACGUUUCUAGGAAAUAUUGUACAUUUUCAAGUUAUUCUAAAUUUAAUUGUACUCUUUGCUAUAAAGUUUUUUUUUUUUUUUUGGUUUUGUUUAUAGCUUUCUGUUGAAAUUUCUAGAUAAAAUGUGGGGAAAUAGGCCAAUUCGGUGCAAUAUUUGUGAUAUAAGAAAAGGAGGAAUAAACAUAAAUAUUCGAUUCGUAUUUUGGGGAUCAAACUGCAUAAAGCUAUCCGCAAAAUAAGAUAAAGUCAUAGGGCAUAGAGCUAAGCAUAUUUUUCGGUACAGACGAGUGUGAAAUCUAGUCAAAGAAACACUCUGCUAACCUAACAUUGUAUAAAUGGGGUAAUCAGCAAAUUAUUCAUAAGUAAUCUAAUUUAGCGAUGCGAUGGAAAAACUCAAUUCUAGUCAUCCAAACAGAAUUAAGCGAUGUUGCCCAUGAUCUAAAAACAUUUAUGGCACUUGUAAAUGUAUUAUACAGCUUUGGUCACAUAAAUAUUUUAGUACAAAUGAUUUAUUACAUUAUUCUUAUUAUGGUUAUUGUAGAUUUGGUGUCUGUAUAAAUUACUACACAUAAUUUAAUUGGUACUCGUAGGUGGCAAGCAAGACAUGUAUGUAAAUGAAAUUCGUAAAAAUACGCUCAAAACUAUUAAGCGAUAUUGAUUUUUGCCUCAUUUGGGGGACAUUUGGAUUUACAUGAAUAAAACAUAC